CAACUUCAGAAAGGACAGCAAGAACCACCGAGCCACCAGUUUAGGCACAGAGACUGAGCUGCAAAUACUACUAAAAUAGUCAAUAGGAACCCUUUCAAAAAGAUCUUUUUCUGUGCUCAAAUCACAAUGCUGCAAUGCCCAAAUCUCUCGUCGCCUUAACUUAUAGGAACCCCAUUGUUUCUCCACCACCAGAAUUAUGCAGGGCAUAACAGCAUCCGCUGCGUCUCUUUCAAUAAACCCAUCGCUUAAACCACGAAAACUUCCAUACAGAAGCCUCUCCAACCAGAGAUUCACUUGCCUUAACCAAUCGAAACCCAUUUCUCCUCGGCCGUUUCCAUGCCGGAAAUGGCUGUUCCUCGCGCCAGUCUCUCUCCCUGGAAAUGGCAGAUUCCAGACGGUGGCGGCCAGAGCCGCCGGAGCCCUUUCGGAGAAUUCAGGGGAAGACGACAAUGACGGCGAGAAAUUGACUGGGCUAGCUCGCACGUUGAAGCUGGGAGCCAUGUUUGGCGUCUGGUACCUUCUCAAUAUCUACUUCAACAUUUUCAACAAGCAGGUUCUGAAGGUGUAUCCAUUUCCUGCAACGGUGACUGCCUUCGAGUUUGGGUGUGGGACUCUCAUGGUUCUCACAAUGUGGGGGUUGAAACUCUACCACGUCCCUAAACUCACCCGAUCUCAGCUUGCAGCAAUCAUCCCAUUGGCUCUGGCACACACAAUGGGGAACCUUCUGACCAAUGUUAGCCUUGGCAAAGUUGCUGUUUCAUUCACCCACACAAUCAAGGCCAUGGAACCAUUCUUCACUGUGCUAUUUGCUGCCAUUUUCCUUGGGGAGAAACCCACAAUUUGGGUAUUCUCUUCACUUCUGCCCAUAGUUGGAGGAGUGGCAUUGGCAUCACUGACAGAAGCUUCCUUCAAUUGGACAGGGUUCUGCAGUGCAAUGGCCUCCAAUGUCACAAACCAGUCAAGGAAUGUACUCAGCAAGAAGCUUAUGGUUCAGAAAGAGGAAACUCUGGACAAUGUCAACCUCUUCUCAGUAAUAACAAUAAUCUCGUUUCUACUGUUGGUUCCCUCGGCGAUCUACAUCGAAGGGAUCAAGUUCACACCCUCAUAUCUCAAGUCGGCUGCGAAUCAAGGGUUGAAUGUGAAGCAGCUCUGCUUGAGAUCUCUACUUGCUGGCUUCUGCUUCCACAGCUACCAACAAGUGUCUUACAUGAUACUGGGGAUGGUGAAUCCUGUGAGCCAUGCAGUAGGGAAUUGUUUGAAGAGGGUUGUGGUGAUUGUGUCUUCUAUCUUCUUCUUCCACACUCCAGUCACUCCAAUCAACUCUCUGGGAACUGCAAUGGCGCUGUUAGGAGUGGGUUUGUACUCUAGAGCUAAAAGGAUAAAGCCUAAGCCCAAGGCUGUCUGAAUUGUGUAAAUUUUUUCUUCAAUUUGUUGAUAUAUCAUGAAGUUAAUGAAUGAAAAGAAUGCAUGUGAAACUUUACAGGAAUUAGUUAUGGAAAUGGUUUAUGGUAUAAAAUAAUUACGAUAAAUAUAAAAAAGAAAAUAAUAAAUUAUAACGAAUAGAUGGUCAUUUAUCAAAUACUUUAGGUC